UUUGCUUUGAUUAGUAGCAGCGUGUCCUGCUUCUUUCUCUUCUGUCUCUCAGUCUGCGAGCAGCAUGGCCUCUGAACUCGCUCUCCUCAGUGUGUCGGAUAAGAGCGGGUUGCUUGAUUUCGCCAAGCGGCUGGUGUCGGUGGGGCUGCAGCUGGUGGCAUCAGGCGGGACGGCCAAAGCGCUGCGGGACGCCGGCCUUUCUGUCAGAGAUGUUUCUGAGCUCACUGGUUUUCCCGAGAUGCUCGGCGGACGGGUCAAAACCCUUCACCCUGCGGUCCACGGCGGAAUCCUGGCCAGACACUCGCCAUCUGACCAAGCUGACAUGGAAAAACUAGGCUUCAGUCUUGUAAGAGUGGUUGUGUGUAACCUCUACCCAUUCGUGAAGACUGUGGCGACUCCGAACGUGACUGUGGCAGAUGCAGUGGAGCAGAUUGACAUCGGUGGUGUUACCCUCCUACGUGCUGCAGCUAAAAACCAUGCCAGAGUGACCAUUGUCUGCGAUCCGUCUGACUACAACCUGGUCGCCAAGGAGAUGGAGUCCUCUGACAGCCAUGACACCAGCCUCGAUACCCGCAAGACUCUUGCUCUUAAGGCUUUCACUCACACGGCUCGGUACGACGAGGCAAUCGCUGAUUAUUUUCGGCGCGAGUACAGCCGCGGAGUUUCUCAGCUGCCGCUCCGCUACGGCAUGAACCCUCACCAGGCGCCGGCUCAGAUCUACACCCUGCGCCCCACCCUGCCGCUCACAGUGCUGAAUGGUUCUCCAGGCUUUAUUAAUCUGUGUGAUGCUCUGAAUGCGUGGCAGUUGGUUAGAGAGUUGAAGAGCUCUUUGGGAAUGCCUGCAGCCACAUCCUUCAAGCAUGUCAGUCCAGCUGGUGCCGCUGUUGGUGUUACGCUGACCGAGGAGGAGGCCAAGGUGUGUAUGGUGCACGACCUGCUGAAAGACCUCACGCCACUCGCUACCGCUUACGCCAGAGCCAGAGGCGCAGACAGGAUGUCCUCAUUUGGAGACUUCAUCGCUCUCUCCGACCCCUGUGACGUUCCCACCGCUAAGAUCAUCUCCAGAGAGGUGUCGGACGGGAUAAUCGCUCCUGGCUAUGAAGAGGAGGCCCUUCGCAUUCUCUCCAAAAAGAAGAACGGCAACUACUGCGUUCUGCAGAUGGACCCAGAGUACGAGCCUGAUGAGCAGGAAGUGAGAGUGCUGUUCGGACUGCACCUCAAACAGAAGAGGAACAAUGCUGUCAUUGAUAAAGGCCUUUUCAGCAACAUCGUCUCCAAGGGAACGCUGUCCGAGGGGGCUCUCCGUGACCUCAUCGUAGCCAGCAUUGCUGUGAAGUACACCCAGUCCAACUCUGUGUGCUACGCUAAAGACGGGCAGGUGAUCGGUAUCGGUGCCGGACAGCAGUCUCGGAUCCACUGCACUCGUCUGGCGGGUGAUAAAGCUGACAACUGGUGGCUGCGGCAUCAUCCCAGAGUGCUGGGCAUGAAGUUUCGCUCCGGGGUCAAACGUGCCGAGAUGGCCAACGCCAUCGACCAGUAUGUCAGCGGCACCAUCGGAGAGGGUCCUGACCUGGCUGUGUGGAAGGCUCUGUUUGAGGAGGUUCCUGAGCCUCUUUCAGAGACCGAGAGGAAGAACUGGCUGAGCUCUCUGCAGGCUGUGGCUCUCAGCUCUGACGCUUUCUUCCCCUUCAGGGACAACGUCGACCGCGCCAAACGGAGUGGUGUUGACUACAUUGCUGCCCCUGCUGGCUCCACUGCUGAUGAGGUGGUCAUCAACGCUUGUAACGAGCUGGGCAUUACUCUGGUGCACACCAAUGUGCGCCUUUUCCACCAUUAAAGGAAGGGUCCUCCGCCAGCACCCCACCCUAGACCUAGACUUCUUAACAUUUUCCAAGUAGGGCUGCAUGAUACAUCGGCAUAAUCCGAUUGGUGAUCAAUAUUGUAAGGCAUGUCUCAAUUGCAAAGUUGAUAUACAUGAACUAGCUUGUCUCAUCUGAAUGCAUUGAUUCAUCAAAACACCAGAAGAGCAUCUCUGAUUGCUCAGGGUGAUCACAGCACUCAGUAAAACUCAGUGAGCUGAUUCAAAGCUCAUUUGCACAUUGCAGCCUUCUUCCAUACCAGUAUUUCAAAGACAGAUAUCGCAAAACGGAUUAAACAGUAUAUUGUGCAGCCCUACAUAUUAACCCUUAAUGUUCACCUAAUUGGAAUCCAAAUUGGCUCCUAGCAUUAACAUAACUACAUUUAUUAGAGUAGAAAAAAGGCAGAACUGACCCUAGAUCUGCGUUAGUCCAGCAUGGCGCUCUUCCCUAACUGCUUUUCUUGCACUUCUGUCCAUGUGGUGUUGAAACGUUCCCUGCGUCCACUCAGAACAUUCCCUCUUUCUACUGUACUAAAGCACCUUCAGAAGUCAGGCAUUUGAACAGGUGUUAAAAUGCCUUUAGAUUUAGUUGUAAAUGGUACAGAUGUUUAGCUGACACUACAUUUCACAUUCCAUGUACUGCCUUUAGUGUCCGAGAGCCAUCGUGGCUGAAACUGAAGAGACGGAAUAAACAGUUUUUCAAAGA